AUGCCCAAAUACGGAGCCCUCGGCGCAACAUUCAUGGUCGCCAGGAUCAUCCAAGCCUUCUGUCUCAUCGCGAUCAUUGGGUUGACAGCCAACUUCAUUGCGGAAAUCGUCAACAGUGACCUUACUCCCCCGAAUGUCUUUAUCGGGACAAUCACAGUUACCUGCAUAGCAGUAAUCUACUGCACAAUCACCAUGAUCCUCUUCUUAGACGAUAUCCUCCCAUUCCUGGCCUCCGCCAUCGCAGAUUUCCUUCUCCUCAUCGCCGUCAUCGUAGUCGCAGUCAUCAUUGGGAAACCACUUUCAUAUCUGCAAUGCAACAAGAUUGCCGCUGUCACGGAUAAUAUCUCCAGCGCGUUUGCGUUUGCGACAAAGUUGAGUAGUUACCUGUCUCAUCUGGAUGGGAAGUUGCAGUAUGGGACUUUGAUUGGGGCGAGUAAGGGGGUUUGUCUGGAGGCGAAAAGUAUUUGGGGUUUGAGUAUUGCUUUGUGUAUCAUCUUCUUUUUCUCCUCAAUCUGCUGCAUCUGUCUCUGGAAGCAGAAGAAGGCAAGUGGAACGGAGAAGUUGGACGGUUGA